GUCCGGAGCUGGUGCCCUCUCUCCAUCAGCUGCUCAGAUAUUCAUGAAUCGCUGCGUCUUCCAGCGCCGCUUUCUCUCUCCCUCUGCUUUUCUGGCGCGGCUCUCCCGCUCUCCCUCCCUCCCUCCCUCUGGCUUCUGCUCUUUCUUACUCCUUCUCUCAGCUGCUUAACUACAGCUCCCACUGGAACUUGCACAAUCAAAAACAGCUCUCCUCUCCAGCAGCCUCCAGAAACGCAUCACCUGGAGCAGAGCGACUCUCCCAGCGCGCCCGCCGCAGAACCGCCAGGUAGCUGGGGGCGCGCAGGGGGUGCCCUUCUCCCAGUUGGCAGCAGCUGGAGCCUCUCCCCGGAAUCCGCUGCAUCCCGGGGUCCUGCAGCCGUGAUGCCUGCGUGUCGGAGCAAUGAUGGAAAGAGAAAAGCCACUGCCCUUGGCAACUGAGAGUGGGGAGAGGUUGCUGCAGUAGCCGGUGCUGCAGAAUGUGUGAGUGAAAACCUGAGCCCCGCUAGAUUCUCCAUCCCGCUCCGUCUUCGUUAACUAUCUCCAGGAGGCAAACCGGGAACCAGAUGCACUGACCAGGCGGGGGCCACCCUGGAUUUAUAACUGUGAACUCCCCACUGUGGAAAAUGGUAAACAAAGACAUGAAUGGAUUCCCAGUCAAGAAAUGCUCAGCCUUCCAAUUUUUUAAGAAGCGGGUACGAAGAUGGAUCAAGAGCCCCAUGGUCAGUGUGGACAAGCAUCCGAGCCCCAGCCUAAAGUACAUGGGCCCCUCCGCAGUGCACAUGCCGCCCGGGGAGCCGGACUUCGAGCCGUCCUUGUGUCAGACGUGCCUGGGAGACCAUGCUUUCCAAAGAGGGGUUCUCCCUCAGGAGAAGGAAUCGUGCUCAUGGGAAACGCAGUCUGGGUGUGAAGUGAAAGAGCCCUGUAAUCAUGCCACCAUCCUGACCAAGCCUGACCCAAGAACCUUCUGGACUAAUGAUGAUUCAGCUUUCAUGAAACAGAGAAGGAUGGGCCUGAACGACUUUAUUCAGAAGAUUGCCAAUAAUUCCUAUGCAUGCAAACACUCUGAAGUUCAGUCCAUUUUGAAAAUCUCUCAACCUCAGGAGCCUGAGCUUAUGAAUGCCAACCCUUCUCCUCCUCCAAGUCCUUCUCAGCAAAUCAACCUGGGCCCAUCUUCCAAUCCUCAUGCUAAACCGUCUGACUUUCACUUCUUGAAAGUGAUUGGGAAGGGCAGUUUUGGAAAGGUUCUUCUAGCAAGACACAAAGCAGAAGAAGCAUUCUAUGCAGUCAAAGUUUUACAAAAGAAGGCGAUCCUGAAAAAGAAGGAGGAAAAGCACAUUAUGUCGGAGCGGAAUGUUCUCCUGAAGAAUGUGAAACACCCUUUCCUGGUGGGCCUUCAUUUCUCUUUCCAGACUGCUGACAAACUGUACUUUGUCCUAGACUACAUUAACGGUGGAGAGUUGUUCUACCAUCUCCAGAGGGAGCGAUGCUUCCUGGAACCACGGGCUCGGUUCUAUGCUGCUGAAAUAGCCAGUGCCUUGGGUUACCUGCACUCUCUGAACAUCGUUUAUAGAGACUUAAAACCAGAGAAUAUUUUGCUAGAUUCACAGGGACACAUUGUCCUUACCGACUUUGGACUCUGCAAGGAGAACAUUGAACACAACGGCACGACAUCCACCUUCUGCGGCACACCUGAGUAUCUUGCACCUGAGGUCCUUCACAAGCAGCCUUAUGACAGGACUGUGGACUGGUGGUGCCUGGGGGCCGUCUUAUAUGAGAUGCUGUAUGGUCUGCCUCCAUUUUACAGCCGAAACACAGCUGAGAUGUACGACAACAUUCUGAACAAGCCCCUCCAGUUGAAACCAAAUAUUACGAAUUCUGCAAGACACGUCCUGGAGGGCCUUCUGCAGAAGGACAGGACGAAGAGGCUGGGUGCCAAGGAUGACUUUAUGGAGAUUAAGAAUCAUGUCUUCUUCUCCGUAAUUAACUGGGAUGAUCUCAUUAAUAAGAAGAUUACUCCCCCUUUUAACCCAAAUGUGAGCGGACCCAGCGACCUGCGGCACUUUGACCCCGAGUUCACCGAAGAGCCGGUCCCCAAUUCCAUUGGCCGGUCCCCCGACAGCAUCCUCCUCACCGCCAGCGUCAAGGAAGCAGCCGAGGCCUUCCUGGGCUUCUCCUACGCCCCUCCCGUGGACUCCUUCCUCUGAACAGUCCAAGGGUGGUGGGUGGGUUGCAAAGGACCACAUGUGGGUUCAGGAAACGUUUCAGUUAGCCUUUUGGCAGAGCCGCCAGCUGACAGGACCUCCUAAAAGAGAAUUUGCACAUCCCUGGAAGCUUGCGCACCUUGGCAGUCAUUAUUGCACAGUUUGCUGGAAGCUUUUUCUCGAAGAGCACAUCCUCCUCAGUGAGCUGGCGAGGUUUGCAUUUUUAUCCUGCCUUCCACUGUGGUGCUAACUCUGGCAGGCGCGUUAGAGGGAGGGCUGCCCAAGACAGAGGCCAGGGGUCGCGCUCGAAGGAGGACGCUGUUCUGAGAAGGAGCUUCGGAAGGUCUGUCCCAGGCCACGAAUCUUCAACGAAAUGUGCCUUUUCUGAUGAGAUCGUCUUCGCUCCAAAGCUUUUUCCUAUGGCCGCGUGUGUCCGUUCCCUGUUGCUCCUCGUGGACUUCCUGUGUGAUCAGCCCUGUGUGCGUGUGGAGUGCUUGCUGAAGGACUCAGCUCUGAGCAUCAAUGUGACACUUGCAGGACACUACAACGUGGGACAUUGUUUGUUUCUUCCAUAUUUGGAAGAUAAAUUUAUGUGGAGACUUUUUUUUUUUUUGUAAGAUAUAGUUAAUAACUAAAAUUUAUGGUAAAUGGUCUUGCAACGACUUGUAUCCAGAUGCUUAAAGAAAGCAUUGCUGCUACAAAUAUUUCUAUUUUUAGAAAGGGUUUUUAUGGACCAAUGCCCCAGUUGUCAGUCAGAGCCUGGUGUUUUCAUUGUUUAAAAUGUCACCUGUAAAACGGGCAUUAUUUAUGUUUUUGUUUUUGUUUCUUUUUGGCAUUCCUGAUAAUUGUAUGUAUUGUAUAAAGACAGUCUGUACAUUGGGUUAUAACACUAGUAUAUUUAAACUUACAGGCUUAUUUGUAAUGUAAACCACCAUUUUAAUGUACUGUAAUUAACAUGGUUAUAAUAUGUACAAUUCCUCCCCCCUCCCAACACACACUUUUUUGUGUGUGUGAUAAACCAACUUCGGUUUGCAAUAAAACCUUGAAAAAUAUUUACAGAAA